CCUUCUCCAGAGGCUGCCUCCGCUGCUGCCUCCUCCUUCCCCACCUCCUCCGUCAGGCGAUCGUCUGCGGGGGCCCGAGGGGCGGCGGCGGCGGCGAGAUGGAGCCGGGGGCCGGCAGCCGAGGUGCUUUUCGCAGUCAGGGGGCUGGACCCCCGAGCAGUCCGCCGCCCCGGGAGCAGGAGCGGAAACUGGAGCAGGAGAAGCUCUCCGGGGUGGUGAAGAACGUCCAUCGGAGGCUCCGCAAGAAGUACCGGGAAGUGGGAGAUUUUGAUAAGAUCUGGCGAGAACACUGUGAAGAUGAGGAAACGCUAUGUGAAUAUGCUGUUGCGAUGAAAAAUUUGGCAGAUAAUCAUUGGGCAAAAACUUGUGAGGGUGAAGGUCGUAUUGAAUGGUGUUGUAGUGUAUGUAGAGAAUAUUUUCAAAAUGGUGGGAAGAGAAAAGCACUUGAAAAAGAUGAAAAAAGAGCUGUACUCGCCACUAAGACCAUUCCAGCCUUAAACCCACAUGAGUCUUCUAAACUUGAAGGUCAUUUAACCAACCUCAGCUUUACAAGCCCAGAACUUAUAACUGAGUUUCUACAAGCCUCAGGAAAGAUCAGAUUACUUGAUGUUGGCAGCUGCUUUAACCCAUUUUUGAAGUUUGAAGAAUUUCUAACUGUUGGCAUAGACAUUGUACCUGCUGUAGAGAGUGUGUAUAAAUGUGACUUCCUGAACUUACAGCUUCAGCAACCACUCCAGCUUGCCCAGGAUGCUAUAGAUGCCUUUCUGAAGCAGCUAAAAAACCCUAUUGACUCUCUUCCUGGAGAGCUUUUUCAUGUUGUUGUUUUUUCUCUCCUCCUUUCUUAUUUUCCAUCACCUUACCAGCGAUGGAUAUGCUGCAAGAAAGCUCAUGAACUGUUAGUUUUAAAUGGUUUAUUACUUAUCAUCACACCUGAUUCAUCCCAUCAGAACCGCCAUGCUAUGAUGAUGAAAAGCUGGAAGAUUGCUAUAGAGUCUCUGGGCUUUAAACGUUUCAAGUAUUCAAAAUUUUCACAUAUGCAUCUGAUGGCAUUUAGGAAAAUCUCCCUAAAAACCACAAAUGACUUGGUUAGUAGGAACUACCCAGGAAUGUUAUAUAUUCCUCAAGAUUUCAACAGUAUAGAAGAUGAGGAAUAUUCUAACCCUUCCUGUUAUGUUCGAUCAGAUAUGGAAGAUGAACAGCUAGCAUACGGUUUUACAGAGCUCCCUGAUGCUCCGUAUGACUCAGACUCUGGAGAAAGUCAAGCCAGCUCCGUUCCUUUUUAUGAGCUAGAGGAUCCCAUAUUACUCUUAAGUUAAUAUAAAAGCAAAGACCCUUUAAGUCCAG